CCCAAAGUUUAAAAAAUGGAAAUCAUUGAAGACGUAGUGAUUGUAGGGGCUGGAAUUGCAGGUCUCACCACAUCCCUCGGACUCCAUAGGCUGGGAAUUCGUAGUUUAGUGCUGGAAUCAUCGGAGACGUUGAGGAUCACAGGGUUUGCUUUCACUACAUGGAGCAAUGCAUGGAGAGCCCUGGAUGCUAUCGGCAUCGGUGAAUCUCUACGCCAUCAACAUUACCUAAUGACCAGCAUAGUUGUGGCUUCCACGUUCUUGGAGAAGCCGAUAUCGGAGAUUUCGUUUGACGGCCGGGAGCUUCGUUGUCUUCAACGGAGAUCGUUGUUGGAAACUUUAGCAAAGGAACUCCCCGAUGGAACCAUCAGGUUCUCCUCUAAAGUGGUUUCCGUCGAUGAAUCUUCGGGUUACUUUAAACGAGUGCAUCUUGCUGAUGGAACCAUCCUCAAAACCAAGGUAUUGAUAGGGUGUGAUGGAAUCAACUCAGUUGUGACAAAAUGGCUUGAUUUAAAGAAGCCUGCUUUCACAGGUCGAUCGGCGAUUAGAGGUAAUGCAAAUUUCAAAGGUGGCCAUGGAUUUGAACUGAAAUUCAGACUAUUCGUCGGCAAAGGUGUUCGAUCAGGGUGGUUCCUCCCUUGUGACGACGAGAAUGUCUACUGGUUUCUUACUUGGACUCCAUCCUCCAAAGAGGAAGAAAUGGAAGACGAUCCAGUUAAGUUGAAGCAGUUCGCAACAAGCAUGAUGCAAGACACAUCAGAAGAGAUGAGAUCUAUCGUCGAGAAAACUUCGCCAGAUAACGUCGUGUCGUCGCCGUUAAGAUAUAGGAAGCCAUGGGAGCUUCUUUGGGGAGAUAUCAGCAAAGGUAAUGUCUGUGUAGCAGGUGAUGCUCUUCACCCCAUGACGCCGGACCUAGGCCAAGGCGGGUGUUUGGCCUUGGAGGACGGCGUUGUUCUCGCCAGAUGCCUCGGUGAAGCCUUGUUGAAACCUGGAAAAGUUGAGGAGGAAUAUGAGAGGAUCGAAAAGGGGUUGAGAAGAUUUGCUCAAGAAAGAAGAUGGAGGAGUUUUGAUGUGAUUGCCACUGCUUUCGUGGUGGGUUUUAUACAGCAAAGCGAUGGGAAGACGAUGAACUACUUGAGAGACAAUUUUUUGCUGAAAUUCCUCUCUAGGUUGCUGUUGAGGAAAGCAGAUUUUGAUUGUGGCAAGCUUUGAGUAAUGUAUGUUUCUUUUAAUUCGGUGUUUG